AUGUGUUUUGAAAUUACUGAAAAGGAGGGAGCUGGUACCAGUUUUGGCACUCCUAAAUAUAACGUCACAGACCAAGAUGGCGACUCUGUAACCUUUGGACUUGAUUGUCCGACUCUGAAUAUUAACACAUCUACAGGGGAAGUGACGCUAUCCGUGAAUUAUGAUAGAGAUGUGGUAUAUGUUGCGUCAUCUGUGACAUGUGACCUCACGGUAACCGAUGGUACAAUGACAUCGACAGCUACUCUUCAAGUAAUCAUAUAUGCAAUAAAUGACAACACACCACAGUUUUCCCAGAACAGCUACGAAUUUCAUGUAUCACCUUAUGGCACUGUUGGAACUAUUGUAGGAACUGUUACUGCCAGUGAUGCUGAUAUCGGUUCUCAUGGCAUUGUCUCAUAUCUCGUUGAAAGUGGUACAUAUUCAAACUACUUCGGUGUUGAUACUUCCGGUAACUUGUAUCUGAGAGCUGCAUUCAAAACUGUUUCUGGAUCGACUGUUUCUGUUUCUGUAAGAGCGUAUGACGAAGAUAACAAGAUGGACACAGUAACAGUAGAUUUUAUCAUACAGGCGACUACAACCAUGACAACAACCACAACAACUGACAGAUAUUUAACAUUCUUUGGUUCACCAGCUAAUGUAGCUUGGUUUUCAGCUCUGAUGGUUAUUUUGUCUGAACUAAUUGUUUUCCUGUUCCUCGAAGUUAUUCGGUCCACUUCGAUAUUAAAGCUGUGCUCAACCUGCAACGACUGUGAAAUACCAGAGCGAAGAAAUUAUGAUAACGAAUACGACUUUGAAGAUGAUGAAGACUAUGACUAUGCUCCACGUCAUAGAGGUCAAGGGCGUAAACCAAUACACAAAGCAGCAGUUCACCAAUGGUCCGCAUGGAAGAACAAGCACGAGAUGAACGUUGAUAGGACCGCAGUGGUCAACUCAACUGUUGAAUGGUCAGCUUGGAACCAAAAAUCGGAUACCUAAAGAAUGUUUGGACAAAGAGGAACAACCGAAGAUAAAUUAACUUUGUCUGCAGUAUUGGAAAGUUUUCUUUUUUGAUUAUUUGCCUAUUUAUUUCCAUUGUGUAUUUUCAAAAACGACAUCACUACACACAUACAUACAUAAUAGUUUCUCUUUUAAGUAAAAAUAAUUUUGUACUCAGUGUUGUUUUUAAAUUCAGAAAAUAAUUUAAAAUAAACAUCUUUUUACAUCUGUUAAAUUCCACACAUCAUUUUUCCGACCUUUGGUGCUGACCUCAUGAUGCUUAAAGUUUCCUUGCAAGUUGGCAGGUCUUAAAUUGAUCAAUUUGGUAAGCACAAAUAAGGUUUAUCAAACUUAUUAUUUCGUCAGAUGCUUGUUGGUGUUCUUCAUGAGUCUACUUCGGUUAAAUUAGAUGUGAAAGACCUAGAUUAUUGGACAUAGUCAUUAAUAGGACUCGGAGGUGCGAUUGGGGACGCUGAAGUGCGAUGGUCACGCUGAAGUACGAUGGUCUACGCCGAAGUGCGAUGGUCCGUUCGCUGAUGUGCGAUGGUCUAUCUGACGCAUGAUGGCUAGUUUAAAAUCUACAGAUUAUUUUGAGUAGUACAUGUAGAUUUAUUUAAUAGUUAGAAUAUAAAUCUACAUUCAUCAUUGUCUAUGUCUGUACUUCAUUACAGUUGCAUACUAAAUGAUAGAGUUCGUCCUCUUUGAUUUUCUACAUGUGGACAUUAUAAUUCUAUAUUAACAUUUUAUCUUUACUUUGUUCCUUUCAUGAGAUCCUCGUUUACCAUAAUAUUUCAAUACGGAGAGUCUGUCUGCGGACCCGUAUUUUAUUAAGAGAAUUCACGCUCCAUCGUACGCAAAAAGGAACAAGUUGUAGAUUUCGAAAAAAAAAUCGCUACAGUAGGUUAACUUUCCCCUAUCCACCAAUCCUCCCCGUUUCUUGUAGUAUUUAAAGUUAAGAAGCCCCUUAUCAACUUAAAAACCUAGAAACUGCUUCUUACAUACACAUUGACAUCUACAUCAUCAUGCGUCAUGAAAAGCAUUGAAAAUGUAGUUUGUUUAGACCAUCGCACUUCGGUGUAGCUAUCAACAAGAUAGCGUCACAAUGCCACCAUCGCACUUCAACGUGAUCAAAAAUGCACUUCAGCGUCAAACCAUCGCACCUCAGCGUGACCAUCGCGGUUCGGAGUACCAUCGCGGUUCAGAGUCCUACAUUAUAUAACUCUGAAAAUUAUUGAUAAAUACAAAUGUAUGUGACAACUGUGUUCAUAGUUUCUGAUCCAGAAGAAAUAUACACACAGUUUAACUAACAUAUGAAUACCUUAUAUAGAUUUCAUGACGAUGACUUUAUGAAAAAAAAGGUCGCCUUUUGUAUUUUUUUAAAAAGUACCUUAGUGCACAGUAUCAUGGAGGAAGUUAAACCAUUUUGACAGACAUGAUACUUUUUUCUGAUUUUUUUCCACCUUUUGAUAAUACAACGCAUAUUUAUACAGGCAGUUGGUUUGUAUUGAAUUACUUUCAAUUCACCCCGAUAAUAUCAGAUCUUUUACGAUCGAUUCCACUAUCAAGUCAUAAUUUAAAUUUUCUAUUGACUUUAUUUUAGAAGAUCAACUAUAUCAUAUCAAUUUCUAUAUAUAUAAAUAAAUAUUUAUAUCAGAUUUAAAAUAACAAUAUGAUUUACUAAUUGAUACCCGUUCUAAUGGUUAUUUACAAUAGUUCAAUUAUAAUAUGAUACGCAUGGCCUACAAAUCUUUUUGUGAAUUACGAUUUUGUGGUUGGAUCAAUGUUCCGUGUGCUUUUAAUAUUGACAAUCUAAACAAAUAAUUCAACAUUAAAAUUAUAUGGUCACCAGCCAUUGAACACAAUGUGUGUUAUAAUUGAAUUUGUAUGCCAUCUGUAUUGUUAUUAUAUCAAUAAUUUAAACUACCCUUUUCAAGGUUAUAUAUUAAGAACAACAAUUGUUUUCAAAUGAAUUCUAUCAAAUUACCUUACCGAAAAUAGCAAAUGUAUUCUACAUUUCAUAAAAUGAAUUAUUAUUGAUAUUACAACACAUAGUUUUCAUACUUUGUAAUAAAAGAUCUUCACAAUUCAUCAAGAUAUAAAUAAACCCCUUACACAUCAUGGAAGAACUACAGGUAUGUCCGGUUCAUGAAAAUGAAUCUGUGACGUCAUUUUGUUAUCAGCAUGCUGCAGUUCUAUGCAAAAAAUGUCUGACAGAGAAGCACAAAAAUUGUCGGCCUGUGACGCAGAUUGAAAAUGCUUUUGAAAGUCUGAAUAACGGAAUUCCUUUAGAAAAUAUUGAAAAUAGUAUUCGUAAAAUGUCCUUGACAAUAGAUCAAUUACUUUCUGGCAAAGCUACUAAUUUAUCAGAUUUGAAGGAGAAACGAAACAAUAUCCGACAAACAGUCAGAGAAGCGCGCCAAAGAAUAAAUACGUAUUUGGAUAAACUAGUCAGGAUUUUGGACGUGGAAAUAAAUAUGAAGCAUGAUAAAUUGGUACAUAAGAUUGAACAGUCAAAGACUGACAUAGAAAGUCAAAAAGAUACUUUAAAAUCUCUAUUAAACGAUAUCAAUUCUAUAAAAGAACAAUCUAAUGACACAAGUUUACAUAGUGAAAUACAAACGUUACAAUCUAAGGAAAAGGAACUGGAAUCAAAAAUAAAAACUUUGGAAAACGAGGACAAAAAAUCUGAACUACACGUGAAGCUCUCUGAAGCUGUAUUUGGAUUUGAAAAUUUCUUGCAGACGAUGGGAUGUGUUGUUAUAUCAGAAGUAGACACAACGUUACUGCGGAACGGUUUGGAUGUACUACAGCAUAAUGCACUGAAUGGUUACAACAAUCAACUGGCAGGGAACCAAAACGAUAAAGAUACCAGAUCAAAUGUUGUAACCAGUAAACUAACAUUAGUCAGCUGUUUCCCGACUUCCAAACUAGGGAGAGGAGUAAGAAUAUUCAGGGCAUGUUUUCUACCAGACAAUAAUCUUAUGUUAGCAGGAUAUCAAGAAAAAACGUUAUACAUAUGCAACAAGAAAGGCGACGAAUGCAAGAAGGUGCGCAUUGCAAAUUUCCCAGGAGGAGUAACACUAUAUAGUAGAACAUGCGCCUUAGUAAGUGCAUGGCAGCAUGGUGUACAGAAAAUUAAUUUAGACACUCUAAAAGCUGGUGACGUCAUAAAACUGCGAGGUGAUAGUUCUGCAAUCUCCAGUAUUCGAAAUGAAAUUUGUGUCAAAAACGGAGAGGACCAUUUAAAAAUCGUUGACAUACACGGAAGAACAAUUCGGAAAUUUCCAACAAAGUUUAAUCCGUGGGAAAUUUACUUAAACGACACGGGAACAGUUUUCUAUUCGAAUCUCGACAAUAAUGAUGUCUAUUGUGCGUUUCCGGAUGGAAGUAACUAUAUUACGUAUAGUAGUCCCGACCUUUUCGACCCAGCAGGACUAACUGUGGACAAUCAGGAAAAUCUGUACAUAACAGGAUCACGUUCGGAUAAUAUACAUAGAAUAUCUAGCAAUCGAGAAGCAAAGGAAAUUAUUCUAACUGCCGAAGACGGAAUUCGAACGCCAUCUGGUAUUUCAUUUAAUAAGCAGACUAAUGAAUUAUUAAUUAUUAACGAAGAUUUUUCAUCUAUUAGAAUAUACAAGGUUCAUAUAGUAGACACGUAAGAUAAAGAGGAUGCUUUUUCAGUUGACAUUUGAAUGUAAAAAAUUAAAAUGUAUUCAAAAUUCUUGACUCUUAGUAUAAUAAUACAUUGUAUUUUGAUGCAUAGUGUAUAUAUUAAAUUGUUUUCAUCUAUGA